GUGUCCACCCUGGACCACACAACCGGACGUGACGAUACAGCGGAGGAGGAAGGGAGAGGCGGAGCAUCAAGGUGACGUCCUUCCAAGAUGGCGGAGAGAGAGUGAAGAAACUGUUUCCCUUGGGCGGCUACCGAUCAAGGGUAAAGUUCCAUUCUGUUACCAAAAUGCAGUAUUCACACCACUGUGAGCACCUUCUAGAGAGACUGAACAAACAACGGGAAGCAGGUUUUCUUUGUGACUGUACCAUAGUGAUCGGAGAAUUCCAGUUUAAGGCGCACAGAAAUGUGCUUGCCUCCUUUAGCGAGUAUUUUGGUGCGAUCUACAGAAGCACUUCCGAGAACAAUGUUUUCCUUGACCAGAGUCAGGUGAAGGCUGACGGAUUUCAGAAACUGUUGGAGUUUAUAUAUACAGGAACUUUAAAUCUCGACAGUUGGAAUGUUAAAGAAAUUCAUCAGGCUGCUGACUAUCUCAAAGUAGAAGAGGUAGUGACUAAAUGUAAAAUAAAGAUGGAAGAUUUUGCUUUUAUUGCUAGUCCCUCUUCUACAGAAAUAUCUAGUAUUACUGGAAACAUCGAAUUGAAUCAACAGACCUGUCUUCUUACUCUGCGAGACUAUAACAAUCGGGAGAAGUCAGAAGUGUCCACAGACUUAGGUCAGGCAAAUCCUAAACAACGGGCAUUGGCGAAGAAAUCGUCUCAAAGUAAAAAGAAGAAAAAGGCUUUCAGUUCCCAGAAACCAGGGCAGAAUAAAUCGGUGCAGUACCCCAGUGACGUUUUAGAGAGUGCGUCUGUUGAACUAUUUCUAGAAGCAAAUAAGUUGUCCUCACCUGUAGUUGAACAAGUCAUCCAAGGAAAUGAUACUUCAGAGCUUGAGUUGACCUCAGUUGUGGAAAAUACUUUUCCAGCACAAGAUAUUGUGCAAACUGUUACAGUGAAACGGAAACGUGGAAAGUCACAGUCACACUGUGCCCUGAAAGAACACUCCAUGUCUAACAUAGCCAGUGUAAAGAGUCCCUUUGAACUGGAGGCCACUGGAGAAGAGCUGGAUCCGAGGUAUUCGAAGGCCAAGCCAAUGUGUAACACAUGCGGAAAGGUAUUUUCAGAAGCCAGCAGCUUGAGAAGGCACAUGAGAAUACAUAAAGGAGUCAAGCCCUAUGUCUGCCACCUGUGUGGAAAGGCUUUUACCCAGUGUAACCAGCUGAAAACACACGUAAGAACCCAUACAGGGGAAAGGCCAUACAAAUGUGAACUGUGUGAUAAAGGAUUUGCUCAGAAAUGCCAGCUGGUCUUCCACAGUCGCAUGCAUCAUGGUGAGGAAAAACCCUAUAAAUGUGAUGUGUGCAAUUUACAGUUUGCAACUUCUAGCAAUCUCAAGAUUCAUGCCAGGAAGCACAGUGGAGAGAAGCCAUAUGUUUGUGAUAGAUGUGGGCAGAGAUUUGCCCAGGCCAGCACACUGACCUAUCAUGUCCGUAGGCAUACUGGAGAAAAGCCGUAUGUGUGUGACACCUGUGGAAAGGCCUUUGCUGUCUCUAGUUCUCUUAUCACUCAUUCUCGGAAACAUACAGGUGAAAAACCAUACAUAUGUGGUAUUUGUGGGAAAAGUUUUAUUUCCUCAGGAGAACUCAACAAACACUUUCGAUCCCAUACAGGAGAACGACCAUUUAUCUGUGAAUUGUGUGGAAAUUCUUAUACAGACAUUAAAAAUUUGAAGAAGCAUAAAACAAAGGUCCAUUCUGGUACAGAUAAAACUGCAGACUGCAGCGUAGAUGACCAUGCUUUAAAUGAACAAGAUCCCACACAAAGAAGUCCUUUGUCAGAAACUCUAGAUGUGAAGCCUUCUGACAUGACGCUCCCCUUAGCGCUUCCACUUGGAACUGAAGAGCACAUGCUCCUGCCUGUCACGGAGACUCAGUCUCCCGCCUCAGACACACUGUUGCGGUCAGCUGUGAAUGGAUAUUCAGAGCCACAGUUGAUAUUUUUACAACAGUUAUAUUGACUUUGAGGACAUGGAGUUGCUAAGACAUCCCUGGUAGUAAACAUAAACAUCUCUGGUAAGGUGCAUUUUCAUAUUAAUCCCCAUUCAUUUGGGCUGUGUGACCGUUAUCUUUCAUUCAUGGAAGUAAAAGCACCUAACCCCGCUUCCUUCCAUCAGUGCUCGCUUUGGCUUUUGACUUUCAUUGUAAACAGCCUUUCAAGGAGUGACUCCCCCACUAUGGCAGCACUGUUUUGGGAGGGUAAGUUUGAGACACUGUUAAAGCUGCCUUAAUUCCAUUUUUAUUCUGAUUUUAGAAUUCUUUGUUCCCAAGGUAAACCCUGACCUGUGGAUUUUUUUUUUUUUUUUUCUCUCCUAACUACAAAUUCUACAGUAAUAUAACUUCCAAGUGUUUCUGUUUGUAAACCCUGUGGAGCAGUAUGUAAACGGUUGGGGGGGUUAAAUUUCAUAUUUAUUCCUAUGAAAAUUUAGCUACUAAGGAUGAAUUGUGCUAUUUAUUAAUAUAUUCCUUUAGAAAUAACUUUUCUAAUGAAGCCAAAAGAAGUAUUUCUCUUAAAACUCAGAAAAAUGUAUGUAAAUUUUUGUUCAUUUAGAAUGAACUCAGUUUCUGGAGAAAACCAAUAGUCAAACUAAUUUUUGUUUUGAGUUGAGACUAUAUUUUUUUAAAUAGAUAUUUGGUGUUUUUAAGUGGUCAAAAGACAGUUUUGAAAUUUGAUUCAUUUUAUAUUUUAUUAGAUUUGUAGAUUAUUGGAAGUGAAUAUAUAACAAGUUUGAAAAUUUUUGAUAACCCUAUCUUUUAUCGGUUAUGCACUUUUUGAAAUAAAUGUUCUAAAAAGAAUUUUCUAGAUAUAAAAUACAUCCUAGAAAUCACUUGGCUUCUGAAUUUGAUAUAUUACAUAGAAAAAUCAAGAAACUUGAGUAGCUUGCUUAAAGCAUCACACACACACACACACAUAAAUAGAAUUACUAUUUGAACUUUAAUUGUAACCUACACUUUUUGAUUAUCAGUUUAUUUACCAUUUUCUAUUUGAGUUUUCUAUACAUAUGGGUUUUUAAGUUUUAUAAAUUAAACUACAACUUUUGUUAGCUUUAUAGUGGAUCUUUCCAUUCCAGGUGGACAUAGAGAAUUCAGGGUCACCCCAUCCUAAAUGCUUGCUGCCACUUUUUCCCAUCUCAUUAUUCCCAAAUAAUUAAUUUGUUUCACUGCCUCACUUUCACAUUUUAAAUUAUCAGUUCCCAUAGUACUGAUAAACGUCAUGGUGACUAUUUCUCAUUUCUGCCAUGAUUAGUUAUGCUUAUUUGUUUUCAUAGUUUAAACGACACUGAAAGAAAUUCAGUGUGUUUACUGAUACUGAAUUCUUUAUAGCCAUAAUUCCUUAUUUGGGUCCAGGUCUCAGAAAUGAGAAAACAUAAUAAGAACACUCAAUUAUUACAGACUGGAGUAACUAACACCAUUUCUUAGAGCACAUAGCAUUUUCACAAUAAAUUACCACCAAUCAAACUGACUUAACUGGAGAGAUUAUGAAAUACCACCUUUGUAUAAUAAAUUUAUUAUUUAGCUAAGAAUGUUGUGUAUGUUAUAAGAACAUACUGAGUUUGAAUAAAAUUUGUAAGGCUAUAAAAUGUUCAGCUAAUCUAUUCUGGUUUAAGAUCAAUAAAAAUUUACUGAAAUGUAACAAAACAAAGGAAAAGUAAGAGUCAACCCUUUUUAACAAGUUUGCCAAAGUGAAGAGAUUAUGUUUAGUUCACAUCUUCAUUAAUCCAAGCAUCUAAUUGUAGUUGGCUUCUUUUG